AUGGAUAACAACAGUAGCUCAACAGAACCUGGUUCCAAAUAUCUGUCUUCCCCUUCUUCAAGAAUUAAUAUGUGUCGAGCGAAGUUGGCUGUAAGAGUCUCUAAUGUUGAGGAACAGGAACCAAGGCCACAUAUUGAACAGCUACUGAGCUCUGAUUUAAUUUAUUCUAACUGUGAUGUCCCUUUGAUCACUUUUGCAUGUACACACUGGGAAGGCGCUUCACCUACCAUUAGUCCUUUUCCCAAGAACGGUACGAUUGGGAAGAAUUAUCAUCGUUUAGGUUUGAGCCUUGAUGAAAUCCUAAAAGACACCACUUUAUACGUUCCGAAGAAUAGCAAAGUUGAGCUCACUGUAGCCGAAGUGGUUCAAUAUAUUCACAUAAAAGUUACCAGAACUGAUGAGGAGAAGAAGUACUGGUCACAACGGAACGAUCAUGAAGUUCUUGACACAAGUGAAGUAAACCCUUUCAUCUUCUACAACAAGGAGGCAGAGAGUUGGUUCUGCAACAAUUAUUCUGAUUGUACGGAUCGUUAUUUCGUUUAUUUGGAUUUCGGUCCAGGCUUGAAACCAACAUAUGAGUAUUGGGACACUGUGAAGAAAACAAAAGAAUGGACUGAACGAGGUCCUGACCAAAGAUAUGGAAAUGAUCCGGCGUUUCAAGAGUUUCAAUAUAGAUGA